AUGGCAGCAAGCUAUUUCGGUUCGACAUCAUUUACCGCGUAUUUACUUCUCACCAACUUAAAAAACAUACAGGAGAUGCUUUUCAGUGCCCUAACCGACGUAUAUCAAGGACACAUUGAUGUACAUUUGCUUACGCCAGUGAAUGUGAUUAAGCAACUAAAUAUGAUUUCUGGCAGAUUACCAAAAACUUUAUCAUUACCUAUAGAUAACUUAGAACUAAACAUUAAAAAUUUAUACAAACUUAUUUACGCAAAGGCUCGAAUUACUGGCGAGUACUUUUUGCUUGAAGUGCACAUUCCAUUGGCGAGUCACGAAGACUACUCCUUAUAUCACAUCAUACCUUUACCCUUAAAAACAACAAAGUACAUGGCAGUUAACUUCGGAAAAAAUACAUACGUCAGCAUAACAGAAGAAAGAUUAGCGAACUGCAACGAACUCAGCAGCCAGCAUUGGAUCUGUAACUUAAACUUACCGGUUCAACACAUAGAAAAUACCAAUGCACCUUGUGAAAGGAAGUUAUUAAGUCAACAAACGAGUUCGCCCUGUAAUACAAGAAAUAUCAUAUGUGAAGAACGCUGGAUAGAAUUACAUACACAAAACACUUGGAUAGCGUUAUGUUGUGACUCAUGCACGUUACGCACCAUAUGCGAUAAAGACGUCACAACUCACGUUAUCAGUACAUCUUCUAUUGUGGUAUUAAAACAAGGAUGUCUUCUCCAAACGAAAACCUUCCUAAUACACUCUCGCAACAACUACAACAGCAAAGUGAAACUAGAACUUGACAUCCAGAUUCCACUCCUGAAUACGUCACUCAACGCAAUAAUCAGCACACAAAAAACUCCGCCGUUACAACUGUUUGAAGACAGGAACAUCGAUAUCGUCAAGAAAAAACUUGAACACAUCAAAAAUCACGAACAGCUUAUUAUGACAAUCACGGCGACCGACCUUCACCAAUUCACCAUUUGCUAUUUACUCCUAGCAUCUGCUAUUAUUGCAUUAAUAGUUUGGCUAGUCAAGAAAAAGGGUUACUGUGCCAGACGAGUGAAGGUUAGCCCCGCUAAGAAAGAUGCCGCGCGGCACUUAGCUCAAAGGGCUACCGAGACCUUAGAACAGACUCAGGCCCGUGAGAUUGUAGAUGCUGAGCGUCACACAGUUCAAAGGGCUGCCGAGACCUUAGGACAGACUCAGGUCCGUCUCAUUUUAGAUGCUGAGCAUCACGCAACUGAAAGAGCUGCUGAGACCUUAGAACAGACUCAGGCCCGACAGAUUUUAGAUGCUGAGCGACACGCAACUCUUUGA